AUGCUUGUCUCGCGGUCGCUGCCGCUGUGCCUCUCCUUGCUUGGUGCACAUGCACUCUCUCCCGUCUCUGCCGCCACGGCCUUCACGGCCUCCACCACCAUCGCGACGACUGCUUCGACCACUGCGCCCUCCCUGCCAUCUCUCGUCGCCGAGAUCCCUCAGUGCGCUCUGUCCUGCUUCGCUGAAGCGGCCGCCAAUCUGGGCUGCGCCAGCACCGAUAUUGCCUGUCUUUGCCGUGCUGCUGCAAAUAGCUCCACAUCUACGUCCCUUGAGUCGCAGCUUGGCACUUGCAUUCUGCUGUCGUCUUGCAGCUCUAGUGACACUGCCACGUUGAAAUCGCUCCUCUCCAACAUCUGCUCCGUCGCUACCACAGCAGCAUCGGCUGCUCUGGCCAGCGCCUCACAGGAGAUCACCUCGGCUCUCAGCCUCACUGCCACCGCCGCUGCAGCAACCUCGUCGACGAGCGGAAAUGCUGCCGCCCCGGCCGCACCUGCUGCCACGCGCGCUACACUUGCUCUGAUUGGCAUCUGCGGUGUUGCAGCGUUGGCUGCAUACGCACUGUAA